AUGGAUGGCUCGGGAUUGGUAGAGAAGAGAAGAACGACGACAACGGCGACUGAAAUUAGGAUGGCUCGGGGACACUGGACAGGAGAAUGCGACGAUUGUAAAGUGGAUGGGUCGAGAGUGGUAGAGGAAGAAGAACGACUACAACGGCGACUGAAAUUAGGAUGGCUCGAGAUGGAAGGACGAUGGAGAAGGCGACGAUCGAAAAUUGGAUGGCUCGGGAUUGGUGGAGAGGAGAAGAACAACGACAACAUCGAUUGA